ACACAUGGAACCACCACAUAUAUCAUGUCUAGUGUUCCAUCUUGCUUUAAGAUAAUCAGCUUGAAAAGCGGUGUAAUUUUCAUCUCUUGGAAGACCACAUAGCUUCUCUUCCUUUUUCUCCCUCUUCAUCCAUGGAUACUCCUCAGUGGCCACAGGGAGUUGGAGUGGUUAAACCCAUGGAGGAUUCGAGGCCUAUGAGGGCAAGGCCUCAAAAGGAUCAAGCUUUGAACUGUCCAAGGUGCAAUUCAGUUAAUACCAAGUUUUGCUACUACAAUAACUACAAUCUCUCUCAGCCAAGAUACUUCUGCAAGACAUGUAGAAGGUAUUGGACUGAAGGUGGGUCUUUGAGAAAUGUUCCUGUAGGAGGAGGUUCAAGGAAGAACAAGAGAUCAACUUCAUCAACAUCAUCAUCAACGUCAUCACCUGCUUCAUCUUCAAAGAAGCUUCCUGAUCAUCAUCAUCUUACCCCACAAGCUGGUUUUCCUCACUCUGCUUCUCAAAACCCUAAGAUUCAUCAGGGCCAAGAUCUUAACUUGUCAUAUCCACCUGGUGAUCAGGAUUACAACAGCAUAUCUAAAUAUGUUGAGGUACCCUUUAAUACUGACAGCAAAACCCACCAUCAAAACCCUACCGCAUCCUCUAAUGCUUCAACUCAACUCUCGGCCAUGGAACUGCUCAAGACUGGGAUCACUUCAAGAGGAUUUAAUUCUUUCAUGCCCAUGUCGGUAUCAGAAUCGAGCACAAUAUAUUCAAGUACUGGGUUUCCUUUGCAAGAGUUCAAGCCGAGUACUCUGAAUUUUUCUCUCGAGGGGUUCGAAAGUGGGUAUGGGAAUAAUACUCUUCAUCAAGGGGUGCAAGAGAGUGGCACUGGUGCGAGGCUUUUGUUUCCUAUUGAGGAUUUGAAACAGAUCCCAACAACAAGCGAAUUUGAGCAGAAUAGAGGGCAAGGAGAUCAUUCUAAUGGUUAUUGGAAUGGAAUGAUGGGAGGAGGAUCAUGGUAAAUAAGCCGGCCAGAAGACCAUCAGAAAUAUUGGAUGAACGAUCGAGGAGUUGGUGUUUCAGUUUGUUUUCUUCCACUCCAUGGGUGACUUGUUUUUUCUAUUUUUCUUUUUUUCUUUUUUUUUUCUUU